CAUCAAUUUGCGAUACGAGGAGUAUUUCAUCUGUUCGAUCGAAAGGAGAGUGGUUGUUGAUCACCAUGGCUCAGAAGGGCAGCGAGAAAGGAAGCGACAGCGAGGACAGCAGCAAAAUUAGUCCCGGGGACGAGAUGCCAAAGAAGAACAAUAGACAGAGUCUCGAAGAGACGCUGCCAGAGCCGUUUUAGCAGAUGUUGUCGAGGGAGGAGCAAUCCAAUACCCCCCCACCGUCCGAAAUCAGAAACAACAGUGACGUGGAAGGAGACGGAAAGGCAGAGAAGGCGACCGUUGAAAAGCUUCUGGCGAAUCCGAAUCACACCAAUUCGAAUGAGUCUCUGGUGCGUACGGCGGAGAUGACGGUGGUUCAGCGUUGCAAUUGCGAAGGAUGUAUCAAGGAGACCUGCAAGAUCAUCAAGAAUGCCAAAGGAUGCCACGAUAUGUCCAUCGAUAAGCAGAAGAAUAAAGUGACAGUGAAAGGGACGAUGGACAUGCUGAAGGCUCUGGCUAAUAGAGUGUCCAAGAAGCUCAAAAAUAGAACCGUGUUGAUUGUCCCGCUGGACGACGACGGCAACAAAUCCAACAAACCUCCAGUGACGACGGCGGAGCUGAAGAUGGCAGUGCCCUGCGUGUGCGACGGACAUCUCCUCCAGAUUCGUAAAAUCGUCGAGAAUACCAAAGGCUUUCAUUCUUGCAAAGUGUCCAGUGAUGAAAUGGGGAAGGCGGUGGUCAGCGUGACAGGGACAAUGGACGUCAUCAACGCCGUCAAGGAGAAAUUGGAGAAGAAGCUCAAGACGUCGGUGGAGAUAACCACAUCCCCACCAAUAUUGGGCGAUUUAGACCACGGUGGCUCUGAGAAUAAGCGAGGCCGGAAACAGAGGAAGUCCGCCGCCGACGGCUAAGGAAAAUGUAAUGCACCACGAUCCAACUGGGUAUCCAAAUCCAUCUAUUUACAGCUACGGCGGGGACUAUGCCUUUCGGGUACUACGGGGACUGUACCCCCUUUUAGAAGGUUUUAAAAUGGAUAAUGAUUUUUAUGGUCCGAAUCUUGUCUAAGAGCGUGAAAAGAACAAUGAAGUGGGUAUUUUUCCCCCUCAACUGGAGGGUUGAUACUGAUGCCACUCUCAAACUACAGA